GAAGGCGUCAUCUGCGUCUUAAUAGAAGAUACUGUACAUGCUCGCCGCUUUAAAUCAAAUUAAUCCAACGCACAGGGAAACUUAUCAAACACCCCAACAAGAAAAUGGCAGAAAGAAAGCCUAAAGCAAGAGAAGACGAUGUAUCAUUGUUGUCAAAACUUGGGACCAGCAGUCCAAAACCAAGAGUUAAAUUUGGUGGCAUGUUCUGUAACGUGGAGGGAGCUUUUGAGAACAAAACCAUCGACUUUGAUUCGUUUAGUGUCGGGAGAAGAGGUGCCAAGAAACUUCAUCGUAAGAACAACAACCAAGUAUCUUCCAUAGAGACGGAUGCUGUGUGUGAAACUGGCAGUGGUGUCAGUGAGGUUUCCAGCUUCAGUGAAUCUCCAGGUCGAGUUGAACCAGUCCUAACCCCCGAGGGACAAACGCACACUUCACCGGGAAAUGGUGUUAUAGGGAGUGGAGGAGAUCAGAGUGACCGGCUGAUUAUCAAGGGUGGGAAGAUAGUCAACGAUGACCAGUCUUUUUAUGCAGAUAUAUACAUAGAAGAUGGCAUAAUAAAACAAAUAGGAGAAAACCUUAUUGUUCCUGGAGGGGUGAAGACAAUUGAUGCCUAUGGUCACUUGGUGAUCCCAGGUGGAAUAGAUGUCAACACCUGUCUUCACAUGCCGUACCUGGGAAUGACCCCAGCCGAUGGCUUCUACCACGGAACAAAGGCAGCGCUGGCAGGGGGAACCACCAUGAUCAUUGACCAUGUCCUACCAGAGCCUGGAACAAGUCUCCUUGUCGCUUAUGAUCAGUGGAGAGAGCUGGCUGAUAGCAAGUCCUGCUGUGAUUAUUCUCUGCAUGUGGAUAUCACACGCUGGCAUGAAAGCCUCACAGAAGAACUUGAAGCUUUAAUCAAGGACAAAGGCGUCAAUUCCUUUCUUGUGUUCAUGGCCUACAAAGACAAAUACCAGUGCACGGAUUCCCAGAUGUAUGAGAUAUUUGGAAUUAUCAGAGACUUGGGGGCCAUUGCUCAAGUACAUGCAGAAAAUGGGGACAUCAUUGAGGAGGAGCAGAAGCGAUUGCUCGAGUCUGGGAUUACAGGUCCUGAAGGGCAUGUUCUCAGUCGACCAGAGGAGGUCGAGACUGAAGCCGUGUACCGUGCAAUAACCAUCGCUAAGCAAGCCAACUGUCCACUGUAUGUCACAAAAGUUAUGAGCAAAGGUGCUGCAGAUGUCAUUGCCCAGGCCAAAAGGAAAGGCAUGGUCGUUUAUGGAGAACCAAUCUCAGCUAGUCUUGGUACUGAUGGAUCACACUACUGGAGUAAGAACUGGGCAAAAGCUGCUGCCUUUGUCACAUCCCCUCCACUAAGCCAAGACACCACGACUCCAGACUACCUCAACUCACUGUUGUCCUGUGGAGAUCUUCAAGUAACUGGCAGCGCCCACUGCACAUUUUCAACAGCCCAGAAAGCAGUAGGCAAAGAUAACUUCACACUCAUUCCUGAGGGGACCAAUGGGAUUGAAGAAAGGAUGUCGAUAAUCUGGGACAGAUCUGUGACAACGGGGAAGAUGGAUGAAAAUGAGUUUGUAGCGGUAACGAGUACCAACGCUGCCAAGAUCUUUAACCUGUACCCCCGGAAAGGGCGGAUUGCAGUCGGCUCAGACGCUGACCUGGUCAUCUGGAAUCCCAAAGAAACGAAGAUCAUCUCAGCAAAAACACAUAACUUGGCAAUUGAAUACAAUAUCUUUGAGGGGAUGGAGUGCCUUGGGGCUCCAGUGGUUGUAAUGAGUCAAGGCAAAAUCGUCUUGGAAGAUGGGAAACUCCAUGUCACAGAAGGGUCUGGACGCUUUAUCCCUAGAAAGACCUUCCCAGACUUUGUUUACAAAAGAAUAAAAGCAAGGAACAGGAUGGCUGACAUCCGCGGUGUACCAAGAGGCCUUUAUGACGGACCAGUCCAUGACGUCACUACGGCAACUAAAGCCGUGGCAUCCACUCCGUCAUGCAGAGGGUCAUCCUGCCCUGGCAAGGCACAGAUGGCUCCCCUGCGGAACCUGCAUCAGUCUGGAUUUACUUUAUCUGUAGCGACAUCUAACUCUCAGCAAAACCCCAAAGGCAGUAAAGGAGGAAAUCAGAUGGACGACCAUAUUCCCAGACGCACUACACAACGGAUUGUUGCUCCCCCUGGAGGACGAUCUAAUAUUACCUCGCUUUCAUGAUCUUUGCCAUUCAUUUCUUCUGACCAACAACUCGUACAGUAUUUUGGCUAGUCAUUUCAAGUAUGAAAACACUGCCAAGAGUAUUAUCCAGGAAAAACAAAAAUCCCCCCCCCCCCCCCCCCCCCACUUCUUCUGCUUGCUCGUAGAAUACUCAUAUCAACUGCCAGAAUCUUCCAGGCAUUCAUUUUUAUAUAACUUUGUUGCCUAUAAUCCCAGGCAGUUGGAUUUUUGCAAUGGUUUAACAGCAUGCAUGUAGAAAGAACUGCUCAUAGUUACAGUGUAUACAGAAUUGCAGUACUUGGUAUAAAUAUUCCGGUAUGCUCUAAUGCUAACUUUAUUCCUAUGCAUAGAUUUCAGAAUACAAUUAGAUGCUAAGCUAAACGAUAAUAACUUUCAUGUACUCCACUUACUGUGUUGUUAACAGAUGUGUACCCUCUGCUGUAAAAGACUAACGGGUUAAUUGAAUUAACUUCUGGAUGGGAAUUCAUAACUUUAGGAAAAUGUAAAUGCAUGCAAUAAUCAGAGAAAGUAUUAUCUAUAAUUAUAGUUGGGGGUUUUCUCAUGAAUUUGAAUUCUCUUAAAAUACUUUUUCCUAGCUAAAAUGUCCCUAGCCAAUAAUGGCUAUAAUAGUGCUAUGAUUUUUAUUUCAUCCAGGCAAACUUAAUCUGAUGGUUUAACAGUAUUAGAUUCAAGCUUUAACUGCUCAUCUUGGUAUUAGCUCCAGGUUAACCCUCAAGUCACACCAUGCAUUAUAUGAUAUUAGUGGUAAAAUAAAAAAAUAAAAAAUGAAUGUAUGUCCCAAGUCAUAGCACUGUAUCGUCUCCCUGUUUACAUUGUGAUUGUACAGUAGAUUGUCUUUACGUUCCCCAUGUACAUUUGGAGCUUCUUGGAUGGUAGAUUUGUCUAGAUUUUAGAACCAGCCCUUGCUCCUGGCUGCAAAGUGCAUUAUCACAAGGAAAACGAACCCCCUUUGUUCUGUGGGCAUGAUGUUUUGAUAUUCUUUUUAAAACAGAUUUUUUUAAAUUGGUGCUGUCAAAAAACCAUACAGUCAAUGCGUUGAAUGACUGUCGUCUGUAAAUUUAUUUGUCGUUUUAAAUGUCAAUUGUUCUUGUUCUUCUACCUUUAUAAAUUUGAUAUUUGUACUUUGCAACUUCCUACUAAAGUAACAGUUUUUAAAACCAACAUACCACUACUAAGUUUCCUUGUUUUCUUUCAAAAGCUGUAUUUUACAAACAUAUUUACCUUUUAAACUAGGAUCCUAAUGGGUUGGUGUUUACUGGUAUGUCAAAAACGAAUGCCUCCAUGUACUUGAAAUAGUCAUCUACCUCUAUCAAUCUCUCUGUCACUCUGUUUAUCUCAUGUGACCAUUCCAUUUGAAAUUACAUGUAAACUAUCAAUUAAAGGCUUUAAAAAUAACUGCCAA